AUGGGCGGGAAGCCAACUUAUCGGGAAGGUCCAGAAAGGCUGUCGCCUGUGAUCGAACUCAAAUUCGCCGACAACAAACUGGAAAUGUGGUUCGCGGGCGGUCCGCGGGCGUACUUAACACCAGGUGCCGCCGCCAAAUUGGCCAAUCAAUUGAUCAAUCCACCCACGGAUGCGUGGUACGUGGUCUCUCAAGACGGGUAUCAGGUGGCGAUCAAGGCCAACUUGAUCGUUUUCGGUGAGCAAUACCUGCCAGACGGGCUGUCGUUCGUGGAGCGUUAUGAAUUCGUGUACGUGUGGCGACCGCCGCUACCUGAACGUUUUGAUCUUGUAAGCCGGCUGCUGGAAUUUCGCCCGAACCUGGCUAUCCUCGGGAACUACCCGCGGAUUACUCGGUGCUAUUGGUUCCACGACGGCAUGAUUCACGGCUACUGGACGGUGAAACGGUCCCAGCAGUGCGGAGAUCAUACGUUGUUGGACAUGGGGCCGACCUUGCACGUUGAACAUGGCUACCCGAAGCCGUUCAACCGACCGGUCAUUGGUGUGGAGGUGGUUGGGAGUGAAGCUCUCGAAGAGCCACGGUUCACGGAUGAGGAAUUGAAGCUAUUGCUGAACGAUUUCCUGGUGGGUGAUCGGAUUGCUUACGCCACCGAUCCGCCGAAUAAGCACAAUGAAAUCAAGGAAUCAACACUCAAGAAGCUGAAGACGAUGUUCGAGCAACGUGGACUGGCUGACUUCUAUGCGUGUUGGGGACCUAAGCAUGCCUGA